CUACCCAAUAAUAAUUCUAUUGCUUUGGUUUUUUAGUCAUAUAUUGGAAAUGGCGGACGCACCUAGGGACGACUGGGGGCAGCUUUUGACAUUUGGCAACUGAGUAUAUAUAUAUUUAGAUAAUUGUGCAUGGUGAUGUUUCGCAAAGCACUAUGCCACUAUCAUUCAUAUAUAAUUGUAUAUAUGUAAAGGCUGAAGCUUGCCAUGCUUUUUGCCAUUCCCAGACGACCCCAUUUCCCAUUUCAGCAUUUCUCAUUCUUUUUGUUCUAUCGAGAAUCCCCAAACAACCAAACUCAAUUCUUCCAGACUUCCAGUCUUCGAUAGUCCGACUUCGACUCUCUGCCGUUCUGCAAUUCAAUCUUGGAUUGAUGAUCUUGAAGCUGUGAAAGAUUAAAGAUGGAGAAAUUCUUUAAACGAACAUCAAACGAGUUAUCAUCACCCCUCAUAGAGAGUGAAAGAUCAAAACAGAGUUGUGUAGAAAUUGGUUUGGCUAAGCUUCCUUCCGAUCCUGGAGAAAGAACUAAGAUUUCAGAUUAUCAUCCCAAUCUUAGGGAUAAAAUUAGAAGAGAGUAUCUGCUAAGAGGUCCUUGUCAGCCUAGUAAUCAUUAGUUCAUCCAAACACAGUGCGGAGAAGGGAAACGAAGCUUGCCCCCAGAGAUAUAUAUUUCUGCGUCCGCCACUGAUUGGAACUCCAUGGAAGUCAAUGUUAUUUUCAUCCCCCUGAAAGCGCUUCUUCUUUGCCCGGGUGCUUUUGUGUGAGCGAAAUGAUGAAUCCAUUGUAGUGCAUCUGCUUGUCAAGGUAAAGCGAGCCCUAGACAUGGCUAGGUUGAGAGAUGAUCAGAUGAUAGCUGAGAUACUUGAUUUGCCUCUUGAAUACUAGCAAGUCAUUGACUAUAUUUUUUCUUCUCAUUUACUGUACCUGUUAUUUGGUGGCCAUGGACUUGUAUAAUAUGGAUCUCAUAUCGCACUCUACUAGGACAAGCAUGAAGUUGGGAGCAACAGAAGUUUCUCGUUGUGGAAGUGUGGAACGAGUUAGUCAUUGAAGUGAACCAGUUGUUUCUAAAGCUUUCACUUCAUGAGCUCAAGACCAAUGUUCGCAACUCUAUUAAUGUGGACAAUCUGUGUGACCAUAAGCAGGGAGCCUAGUGUAUGUUCAUCAUCACUUAAACUGCAAAGUUGAACUGCCGGAAAAUUUGACAACCAAGUGUGACUCUCAAGCUUGUAUAGGUUGCAACCUGAACUACUGCAGUGCCAAAAUCAUGUGCUUUUGAAACUUCUCUUGAAGCAUAUGAAACAUCACUUUCCUAUAAAGAACAUAAAUAUCCACAGUGGCAAGGUAAGGUGUCUCUUGGGUGUUCAGGUCAUCAAUUCACAAACUGGUAGUAGCAUCUAUCAAAGCUUCAGGUUUCCUGUCUUUUGGUCUCUAAAAAAACUCAAUAAUGAACCCCUCUUCAUACAUCAAGGCAUGUAUUUUCUUUCAAUUGGGUAAAAAGCUGGCUUUUUUUUCUGGUUGAAUCUUACAACUACUUCCUCAGCUCACACUUACAUUUACAUGGGACUAGUACUAUUACAGUCACAACAACUUCCUCGUCUUGUUUAUAACUUUUCAUUCAACAACUGAAAUAGCAUGCAGCUGUUUUCUAAUUUCGUUUUGUUGAUCGGUAUAUUGAUAUAAUAGAUUUUGUAGUGUCUACACUUUUUUUUUUCCUCUGGAUAGAAGUCAAGUCCUUCACCCAAUUGGAUUUUGUGCAUUUAUCUGAUCCUAACAAGAAUUGAGAUGAUAUCUCCAAUUCUAUUAUUUCAUUUUUUUUUUAAUAUAAAGUUUUCUUUUUAGAUGUGAGACUCUCUUGGCCUGCUAACUGCAGUCCGUGUGUUGGUUUUUAUCUUAAUGGGUCCUGUAAGCUACAUAAAGCAUCACAUUAUUUCAUAAUAUGAGACAAUUCACUGUUGCAUUUGCAGCGAAUAAGUGUAGUCUGGAGAUCAAUUACAAGCAAUUUAUCUAGCUAGCUUAGUUUCAUCAUGCUCUAAUGAUGUGCAGGCUGAUUCAUUUGAAUACCAUUAUUCAUACUGGAGGGGUUGUGACCCGUUGGUCUGAUUUGUUUCCCCAGUUGCAUUAAGUAGAGUAUGAUUGUAACAAAUCAGUCUUGGGGCUAUUCUUUUAGAAUUCUCAGAAGUUAAGUUGGUUCUUGCCCUCAGUGUCAAUCAAAAGGACCCUUUACUGUCAAUAUUGAGCAGGUAAAUGUUUUACAAACCUACAUGUGUCCAGGUAUUCUUAUUGGCUGGAUAAUCAUGCAGAGAAGAAAAGGAGUUAAUAUUGAAUUUUACAAUGCUUCUUUUCCAUUUACAUGCAUUUGUCUUAAAAAUAGCUCCGUAACACCAAUUUAAUAAGACGUCAUCAUUCUUGUUUCAGACUAUACAAAGUUGACAUAUGAUUCGUCAAAAACAUUUCCACAAUGUUUAGUUGACAGAUUUUAUCAUCUCCCCUUUUGACAUCCUUUGUGAUGUGAAGGUCAGAAAUUCGCAAACGUCUAUUCUUCUUUUCCACUUUUUUGUGUUGGCUCAUUUGCUUUUUCAUUUCAUUUUAACAAAGGAUGGAAUUUGGUAACAUGUAAUUUGUAGUUGAUAGUCAUUUCAAGUUGCAACACAAGGGAGCUAAUAUGGAUGAUAUAUAACCAUAGACGAGUGUCAACAAGAUAUCCAAGCCUCCACCAGUCAAGUCGAUCCUUAUUUAUAUCCCAUUUCGUACUUAAUCUCUCAAUUUGGUUGCUUUCAUGUUUGUAUGAACUUAGGCUGUUUUCUGAUUCUCACUGGGUUUUCCUUCUUUUCAGAUACUUCCCCAAGACUUGCUAAAGCUUGCAACAAUGCUUGAAUUGAAUCAGAUUAUACUGAAUGAUAUUUGGGAUUGUAUUUAGCCAUAAUCAAGACUUGGCUUUGCGAUUUUCAUUUCCUUUUGUGCUAUUUCUUACUCAAUUUUGUUUCUGUAACAUAUUGUCAAUAUGGCUCUGUUACUUUCAGGAAUCCAUGGUCAGCAUUGAUCUACCAAUGACAUGAAUAGCAGGGUAUGCAUUUUUUUCUUCUUUGUGAAAUUGGAUAUGCACCAAGCUUAUAUUAACAUUGUCUGAUGUAGUGGCUCGUGAUUGAAGGAGAAGAUGGAUAGCAUCACUGCUAGUAUAGGAACAUUUCAAUUUCAAUUAGUUUAAAGUAUAUCAAUUUCUAGAUAUUUCAAUUUCAAUUAGUUUAAAGUAUAUCAACUUCUAGAUAUUUCAAUUUCAAUUAGUUUAAAGUAUAUCAACUUCUAGAUAGUUCUAUGUAUGCAGGAUUUUUUUGUAUUCAACUAGUUAGUAUUGUUAAAUUCAAGGGAGUGCAUUAAACAAACUAAGGAUAACUCUGUCAUGCCUGUUUUUCAACAUCAAAGGUAUGUUAAAUUAAAAGAUCAGCUGAAGAUUAAUGUAUGUCGCCUUCCUAGAAGAUUUGAUUUUCAAUUGGCUGGCCCCACGAAAAUACUCGAUCGAGCGACUUUGUUUGUUUUCUAGUUUGAAAUAGACGGGAUUGUUGGCCCUCAAGAAACAUGUUAGAAUAUCGUGGCAUUUGCAAGAAGUCUUGUGAUUCACAGCAAUCUGUAGGCUGAUGCAUUGGAUGACCAAAUCGAUUGUGACCUUUUGCAUAGCAAAGUCUAACUAGUCUAACCAUGUUGCUAGCAAAGUCUAACCAGGUGGCUAAUUGCAAAAGUUUAUGAGGAUAAUGCAGGUCACUUUCAAGUUUUGAAGCAAUUAUAUGCUACCAGCACUUGAAACUAUGCUUAUUCAACAAUUAUAUGCUACCAGCACUUGAAACUAUGCUAAUUCAACAAUUAUAUGCUACCAGCACCGAAGAACAGUUAAGAACCUGAAACUAUAUAUACAUCUCCCCAUAUGUUAACUCAGUUUCAUUUACCAGCCUUGAAGCUUCUACAAUUCUACUGUUGCUCAUCACAUUCAUGGUGCUGGGGUUUUCAUUGCAUCUGUUGCUUCUAUUUGUUCACUUGGCUAUAUGUUCUUCGGAGCAAACGUUCCCCUAUAUGACUUCAAAUGUCGAAGAAGUAGCCGGUAGGUCCUUCGACUACAUUGUUGUUGGCGGAGGCAGUGCGGGCUGCCCCCUAGCUGCAACCUUGUCUGAGAAAUUCUCAGUGCUGCUGGUGGAACGAGGUGGCUCGCCUUACGGAGACCCCUUCAUCUUAGAGCAGAAGUACUUCGGAUUCCCAUUUCUCCAAACUAAUGAAUAUACAUCAGUUGCACAAAGCUUUGUCUCGACAGAUGGUGUCGCCAAUUUCAGAGGAAGAGUGCUAGGAGGAUCAGCUGCUAUCAAUGCUGGGUUUUACGGCAGAGCAAGCAAGGAUUUUGUCAAAAAGGUUGGUUGGAGUAAUGAGGGAGUAAAGGAUGCUUAUGAAUGGGUGGAAUCUAGAUUCAUCUCUAAACCUGAUCAUUUGACUCCAUGGUCGCAUGCUGUUGCGUUUAGCUUUCUUGAAGCUGGAAUUCUCCCCUAUAAUGGUUUCAGUUUGGAGCAUAUUCAGGGAACAAAAAUUGGUGCUACUUCGUUCGAUAACAAGGGAAGAAGACACUUACCAGCUGAUCUUCUACCGGCAGGAAAUCCAAGCAAGAUCACAGUUCUCUUGAAUGCAACCGUAGACAAAGUUAUCUUUCAAAGAACUGGUACCAGAGAUGAGAAGAUAGCUCGAGGUAUAAGAUUCAUCAAGAGUGAUGGCAGCUCAUACCAGACUUAUGAAGCUUACCUCAACCAGCCAGACAACUCGGGUUCAUGGGGUGAUGUGAUACUAUCAGCAGGAGCUUUAGGCAGCCCUCAGAUUUUGUUGUUAAGUGGCAUUGGCCCUCAACAACACCUUAAAAACUUUGAAAUCCCGCUCGUACUCAACUUGAAGGGAGUAGGAGAGAGAAUGCAAGACAAUACUGCUAUUCUAGUCUAUGUCAACUACAAGCAGCAAAAUCCAACACCAGACCCUGCCAAAGUUGCUGCUAUAGCAGAUGACUUCAAAAUCAUAAUCGAGGCAGCAAUCCUACCUAUUAGCUUGAAUGGAACAUUUGUUAGCUAUUAUGUUGGCAAACUUGCCUUCCCAGAAUCCGUAGGAAAGCUUGAACUCAACAGCACUGACCCCAGAGCAAACCCAUCAGUGACGUUCAACUACCUAUCAAGCGAAAAAGACUUGGCAGAAUGUGUGAAGAUGACCGAGCUGCUUGAGCUAGCUUUAAGGUCCAAAUCAAUUGCUUCCUUAGUGGGUUCGAAUGAAUACCGAAACAAGCCGAUGCCUACUAAAGACGAGCUCCAGAAACUCUGCAAGACGAGUAUCAAUACCCUCUGGCACUACCAUGGUGGUUGCACUGUGGGGUCAGUGGUUGACAAGAAUUAUAGGGUUUAUGGUGUUAAAGGCUUGAGAGUGAUCGAUGGAUCAACCUUCCUGGACUCACCAGGCACAAACCCAAUGGCCACUCUGCUGAUGCUUGGAAGAUACCAAGGGCUCAAAAUUCUUCAAGAAAGAAAAGAUGCUUCCUUUAUCAAUCCCAUAACCUGAUCAGCUUGUAGUUUAUCCCAUAAAUUAAAUAAAACAGCAGCCUAUGCAUAAUUUAAUAAUGAAUGAGCAACUUUGUCAUAGCAAGUAUGGUGGGAUAU